AUGAAUAUGUUGGAUGAUGAAGAUGACCAAAGCUUUCACGCUACGCGUGACGGCUACUCCCAUUUGAGCGAUGUCGAAUGGGAUGCGGUUGAACGAAUGGGUUCGACCAUGGGCAUCCAUGCUGUUAGCGUCAUGCUAGAGGCUCUCAAUAGAGAUGCCCAACAUGCUACUAUCGCCAAGUUCAUUCAAAAUGAACUUGACGCAGAACGCGAGAAAGUAGCCUUGCUUCACCAACAAGGUUCUCAACAAGCAGAGUUGUUGAGAGAACAGGGUGCUCAACAGUUCGAACUGUUGAGACAGCAGCAGGCUGCUGCUGGCGGGUCGAUGCACUCGCGUCGACCCGAAACCUUGACGAUUGACAUCUCCAAGUAUAGGGGGGUCAAAGAAGACUCCCUCUUGAGAUGGUUCGUCGAAUUGGAUGACGCCAUAAGGGCGCGUCGCAUCGACGACGGGGAUAUGCAAGUUGCAUUUGCCCAGUCAAAUCUGGCAGGACGUGCCAAGACUUGGGCACUGGGGCUCAAGUUGCACGACCCAUAUGCGUUUGGGUCGUUGGAAGUCUUCAAGUCGCGGCUCAGACAAACGUUUGAACCGCCUAGAGCUGAGUUCAGGGCUCGAACCGAACUCUUGAAGCUCAAGCAGGGUAAGCGUGAUGUGCACGCUUACGCUCAACAUAUACGACAUCUCACGAGUUGUAUAAGUUCCAAUCCGGUGGAUGAACACACGUUGGUUUCGGUGUUCAUGCAGGGUCUUGCGGAUGGUCCCGUCAAGACUCACCUGUUCCGGCUUGAACUAGAUUCACUAGAACAAGCCAUUUCCAUUGCGGAGCAGGAAGACUUCAGUCUGAGACAGGCUCGCGCCAGCUCGACAUCAUAUCGUCAACCGAGACGAUAUGACAACGGAGGUCCAGAGCCGAUGGAACUCUGUUAUGUAGAGAGCGAGAAGGCUCGCUCUACAGGCUACAAGAAGUUGCAGAGAUGCAACAGAUGUCAAAAGACAGGACACUACGCUUACGAGUGUAGUGCCCCUCGUCCAGUGUCUCGCGAUACUGGGCGUAGUGACCGUCCACCCAUGAGAAAGGGACUGGGACAAAGAUGUAUCCCUAGCGGGGAACAUCUAGAAGAGAAACAAUCGAUCGCUCAGGUUAAGCGAAACGAUAAUCCUAGAUCGACUGGAGAGUCUUUCGUAGAGGAUCUCGCUGUGGUUGCGCAACCCCAGCUAGAGGAAGUAAAGGAAAUAAGUCCCAAAAUUACAAAUACGGCGGAAAUAAGUUCCCCGAAACCCGCGGGAAUAAGUCCCCGGGGAGCCGAAGGAAUAAGUCCUUCGAAGCCUGAGGGAAUAAGUCCCCAGGAAAUGACAGAGACAUUGAAUGUCAUAGUCAAUAACGGAUCAAGUGUAGGCGCUUAUACACUUGAUCUGAUUGCGCCUCCGAAGUUAACUUCGGAGAUCACUCAGUUGCCAACGCUCGAACAUAAAAGGUUCUUGCGUGAUCUGCGUAGUGGCAAAGUCAAGCAGAUCUGCAUACUCGUCGCUGACAACGAGUGUGUAACCGACACAAGGUCAGCAGCAGUGUUUACUGAGAACGAGAGAGUUCUCAGUAGUUCAUCUAUGGACGAGAGUGUCCUAGAUGAAAAGACACGAAUUGAGCGAUAUGACUCCCAAUCGUGGGAAUCGCUCAAGGAAAAUCCUCUCUAUGAAGAUUUGGUUGAAUUCAAGGAUGUAUUCCCUGAAACUGUUCCGUGCAAAUUACCGAAGGAUAAAGGUAUUCGACACGAGGUCGAGCUUAAACCAGGCUCGAAGUACUGUGUCAUGAAGCAGUGGCCACUGCCUCGUGAACAAGUACUUGCGAUCGACAAGUUCUUUGCCGAUCGUUUAGCUGCGGGCCAUGUGAGGGAAUCAACUUCCCCACAUAGCUCUCCGACCUUCUGUGUGUGA